AUGUCUUCCGCGGCCGGGGCAACUAGGACCUCCCCCACUAAGCAAGGGAACGGCAACGGGAGCAAGCGCCCUCACGAGGAACAACCGCUAGACACGCCAGCCGACGGACCAGGAACCGGCCCUCCGGCAUCUAAGACUUCCAAGCCAAACUCGAGCGAAGACAAGAAGAAGGAUGAGGUGCAGCCAACACCGGCAUCAGGUGGAGGAGUGGUUGUUCCCGUCACGGCCGAGGGCGCGCAACCCACGGACUCGGAGCGGGUAGAGGCGGAGUGUCUGCGGUCGUUGGGCCUGGCUGUUGGCACCCGGCUGGAAGUGAUGUGGCUGUUGGAGGACGACGACAAGAGCGUCGAGAAGUGGUGGGGCUGUUCGGUGGCCGGAGCCAAGACGGGAGAGCGGGACGAAGAGGAGGGCCGGCCGGUGUUCACGCUGCACUACGAUGCCUACGAGGCGUUCGAGGAGGCAGACCACGACGUGUGCUUCGUGGACAGGUAUCGCCUUGUGCACCUUGAGGACGGGGCGGAGAUGACGUGGAAGCGAGAAGGAGAGGAGGUCGAUAGGGAGGCGGUGCUGGCUUCCCUCGCUGACGAAGACGUGAACCUCCAGGAGGUGAUGGCGGCGCAGGAGGAGGAAGACGCGAACGAGGGCGCAGAGAGCGUAGAGACCCGGAGCAUGAAGGCCAUAGCACAGUUGCCCCCGCACCAGCAGGCGGCAAUGAUGGCAGGUUACCGACGAAUGGCCGACGUCAUCAAGAAGCAUCUGCGGGCGAAGAUAACGCAGACCGGCGGAGAGACGGUGGUGUCCGAGGCGGACGUGGAGAACAUGUUUCGUGACGUUCGGGGCAGUGGCGGAAGUAGCGGCUUCUUCUGA